UUCCAAUGUAUGAACAUAUACCUGACAGUCAUGAAACUAGAGAAGGACAACAAAUAGGUUAUUAUCAAUGGGUCCCCUUUAUUUUAAUUGCCCAAGCUUUAGCUUUUUCCUUGCCUUGCAUUCUUUGGAGGUUAUUAAAUUGGCAAAAUGGUACAAAUAUUCACCAUCUUAUUUCCGCAGCGGAAGGUGCUAGAACUGUUUUGGACCAAAACGAACGAGAAAAGGUUUUUCAUGCCUUGGCAUUAACAUUUACGGAAAUGAUUGAUUUGAGAGAAACAGAAUAUUGUCCUCAUCCGGCUGCUUCCAUUUUCACUAGAUUUAGACCGACUAGAUUACUUAAAGGCCAACUAAUUUCUUGUUUAUAUUUAUUUAUUAAAUGUUUUUAUACGGCAAAUAUUCUUUUACAAUUUUCACUUUUAAAUGCAGCAUUAAAAUCAGACGAAUAUUUAUUUUAUGGUUUUCAAGUUAUUUCUGAUUUGAUUGAGGGAAAAGCUUGGACAAAAGUAACUCUUUGCGAUUUUGAAGUGCGUUAUUUGGCAAAUUUGAAUAGAUACACAGUUCAAUGUGCUCUUUUAAUUAAUAUAAUUAAUGAAAAAGUUUUUACAUUUUUUUGGCUUUGGUAUUGCCUUCUUUUGUGUAUUACUACCUGUUCAACAUUAUUUUGGUUAACAAAUAUUUUAUUACAUGCAGCAAAAGUUGAUUAUAUUUUACGUUUUAUGCAAAUAGCCGAAAAUUCUUGUCAAUUUAUUAAUCCAAAUAUUCAAUCAACCCCUUUUCCUCAAAGGACAAGAAUUGCUGAAGAAGAGGGAGAUUAUUUGAUUGAGGGAGGUGGACAUUCUUUUGUCCCUUUUCGAGUACCAAAUCAACAUGGAAUUGAUAAAUUUGUUGAUGAUUUUUUAAAAUCUGAUGGGUUAUUUAUUCUUCGUAUGAUUGCUAACCAUGCAGGUGAAUUGGCUGUUGUUGGAAUUGUGAAACAUUUAUGGAAGUAA